AGAAGGAUGUCGACACAGCUGCACGCCAUUGGGCCCCUGGACGGGCGAUAUCGCAACCGCCUCCAGCAGGUUUCAGACCAUUUCUCUGAGUUCGCCUACAUCAAGUACCGCGUGCAUGUUGAGAUCGAGUACUUCAUCGCGCUGCUCUCCAUGCAGCCUCCCCUCCCCCAGCUCGCCGAGGUCCAGCCCAGCCCAACUCUCCUCGAGAAGCUCCGAGGUAUAUACCUCAACUUCGCGGACAAGGACGCAGAGUGGGUGAAGCAGACGGAGUUCAAGGGAGGAGCGGAGGGGGGGCCACCCCUCGCCACCAACCACGACGUGAAGGCUGUGGAGUACUUCAUCAAGUGGAGGCUGACGCAAAUGUCGUCGGAGCCUGGGAUGGAGAAGCUGACCAAGGUCAAGGAGUUCGUCCACUUCGGCCUUACCUCGCAGGACAUCAACAACACCUGCUACCCCCUCAUGAUCCUCAACUUCUACCGCAGCGUCUACCUCCCCAAGCUCGCCCAAGUCCUCUGCGUGCUCGACUCGUACGCUAGGAGGUGGGCUGACGUGCCCCUCCUCGCCCGCACCCACGGGCAGCCAGCAUCCCCGACGCGCAUGGGCAAGGAGAUCAUGGUCUUCGUUCACAGGAUCAAGUCCCAGGUAGAGAACCUCGAGUCUGUGCCCCACUGCUCCAAGUUCGGAGGAGCCACGGGGAAUCUCAAUGCCCAUAAGGUCGCCUACCCCGACCGUGACUGGAUCGCGUUCUGCAAUGCUCUCAUCGACGGGCUCGGCCUGCAGCGCUUGCAGUGCACGACGCAGAUCGAGCACUACGACAACAUGGCAGCGCUCUUCGACGGCACGAGGAGGAUCAACGUCAUUCUCAUCGACCUCGCCCGCGACAUCUGGACUUACAUCUCCCAGGGGCUCUUCAAACAGAAGACCAAGGCUGGAGAGAUCGGCUCCUCCGCCAUGCCCCACAAGGUCAACCCGAUCGACUUCGAGAACGCGGAGGGCAACUUUGGCAUCGCUAACGCCAUCCUGGAGCACCUCAGCAACAAGCUCCCCAUCUCCCGCCUCCAGCGCGACCUCACCGACUCGACCGUCUCCCGCAACGUCGGCGUCCCCCUGGGCCACACCAUGGUGGCGCUCGACUCGAUGCUCAAGGGCCUUGGCAAGCUGCUGCUGGACGAGGCGGCCGUGUCGGCAGAUCUCAACGGGCACUGGGAAGUGACGGCAGAGGCGAUCCAGACAGUGCUGAGGAGGGAGCAGGUUGACGGAGCGUACGAGCUGCUGAAGGAGGAGACGAGAGGAGCAGCUGUGACGCAAGAGAGCAUCACGAGGUUCAUUGACAAGCUGGAGAAGCACGACACGAUCAAGCUGGAUGUCAUCGCCAGCCUACGUGCCAUCUCGCCGUCAAACUACGUUGGCUUUUUCGAGCCCGGCGAGGCUCUUGAGAAGUGGGCUGAGAGCAAGUUGAGCGCCAAGAGCCGCAAAGCUGUGUUGGAGGCGAUCGUAAGCCAGGUGAGGGGAAGGGAGGGGGGAGGGGGGGCGAAGGAAUGA